AUGGCCUUGAUGGGUUUCCGCCGCUUCGUCUCUAACCUCGUCCAUGCUAGGGAGUCCGAGCCCCAGCUCCGAAAGAGCACCAAGACCGACAGGAUCAGGAACUUCCUCCUCAGGAAGAGGCAGGACGUGCCCGAGAAGCUCACCAGCCGGUCCCAGCCCGACCUCGGCCUCGGUCAGCCCAUCCACCCCUUCGCCGGAAGGAUCGCCGAGGUCCCCACCGCUCCUGCUGACGCCGUCUUCAGCGUUACCGCCGCCCGUCCCGAAGUCUACAGCCCUACCGUCGCCGGCGCUGUCGCCGGCCCCGCCCAGCGUCAGCCUGUGCUCGGCCCGGGGCUCCCUGCCGUCGUCGACACCGACGAUGCUAUAAUCGGUCGCGUCAACUGCCAACUCUACCCGGGCCCGACCCUCGACACGGUAUCGGCCGUGACAGAGAUGUACCGGCACGUGCCUCACGCAUUCACGGGACCCGUGGCCAUCUUCCUGUACGGCCACGUGGGUCGAAUACCCAGACGGGUGACAGUCUCGUUCCCGUGGUGGUACAGGGAUAUUGCCCGCCACUGGGCAGUCCGCAGAGGUAUGCGCUGCGUCUCGGACGAUCCCGACCUGUUUGUUCUCGUCGGCGGCGUCGACAGGGUCCGCACUGUCCAGUUCACGUACACGGACCUGAACGUUGACGACUACAGCCUCAGGCAGGGGCACGCUACCGCUCGGGUCAUGUGCCUGGCGGUCCUGGCCGACGAGCUCGCGCAGGAGUAUGUGGCCGGCCUGGCCGCGAUGCCCUGGCCCGAGCAGCGUGGGCUGGCCGACGAUGUGCGCUGGGUCCUCGGCCGGAUGGCCGGGCGAGGCAUGCGCUUCGACUCUGCCACGUCGAGGAACAUCCGGACCCGGGCCUUCUGGAUGCCCUUUAUGCUCUCGUUCCCGGACGUGGCAGCGCUGUUCCGCGACGCCGGCAUCGCGGUGCCCGAGACUGCUCGGCCCGAGGACCGCAACACGGGCAUCCCCAGCCUCGUUCCUCUCAGCCCCAGUCGGUCCGCAUCGCAGAGGUCGACCCGGAGCGCCGCGGUCCGCAGCGACAGGACUGACCGGCCGGCGAGGUCAUCCAGGGCGAACCGCAGAUCUGAGCUCGCCGUCAGGGCACCCGCGUCCCGGCCCCCAACGUUCAAUAUCUCCACCAACUUUUAA